AUGCAGCUCCUGAGCAGCUCCCUGCAGUGGGAAGGGUUCAGUGGGGAGGACUUCUGCCACCAGCUGGGCCCGGACAGGGCUGUGACAGCUGGGCUGAACAUCACCAUCCUCGUGGCUUUCCCUGCUGGUAUCUAUUCUCUGACAGCCUUCAGUGCUCUGACAGCUCUGUUUGUCCUCCCCGUGUCCUUCUGGCCCUGCCACUGAUCCCAGUGCUUCCCGGUGCUCCUGUGUGCCCCUCUCUGGCUCCUCUCCUUCCUGCUCCCUGUCACCCUCUAUUUCCACCCUUUGGUGCUCAUGGCCUUGGUCCUGACCUACCUCUUCUCAGUGCACCUGACCUGUUCUGGUCUCGCCCUGCUGGCCAGGCUCCUGUGCUGCUCAUGGAAACAGCUCCCACGGGAGCUCUGUGCCCUGCUCCUGCUGCCUGUCAUCUCCUUGCCCUUCUUCAGUGCUCAUUUUGGGUACUGCCUCUUGCUGAGGCCAUUUGAUUUCUCUGUCUUUGCCCUCAGCACCUCUCUCCCAUCCACCUGUGCCAACAGCAGUGCCCACCCUCUGAUUUACAUCCUGGCUGGGAGCUGUGCAAAGGAAUUCACCCUCUCUGGUAGUGUUGCCUUCCAGAGGGCUUUUGAGGAUGUGCCAGAGCCACGGAGUAGAGACAACAUUGGUUGGGAAUCAUCAUCCAGUCGAAUCAUCGUGAAACAGAAUCAUCAUAAAACAGAACCAUAA